CUAAGUUCCUGUUUUGGCGGGAAGGCGUGAUCAGCUGUUCGACGGCAAUACAUCCACUUAAUAUUGCGAUAUACAACGUUCUUGUGGUAUUUAGUCCAUGACAGUGAUUGUCAACAAUGAGAACUCGCAGUUCAGCAAGCAAGGCAGAUGAGAUUCACUUCAUUACUGGAGGGGGAGGCUACCCUGGCUUUUGUCUUGGGAAGAAUUUGAUAGAAGAAGGACAUAAAGUUAAAUUGUUUGACAUUCAGGAACCUGUAUGGGAUUUAUUGCCUGGAAUGGAGUUUAUUAAGGGAGACAUCCGUGAUGCGGCUGCGGUACAUGCAGCUGUAGAAGGUGCCAAUGUUGUGUACCACAUGGCGUCGUAUGGCAUGUCAGGCAGGGAACAGUUGAACAGGAAGCUCAUCCAAGAAGUUAACAUCGGAGGAACUGAGAAUGUUGUGAAAGCCUGCCGUGACUGCAAUGUGACGAGACUGGUGUACACCAGCACCUACAAUGUUGUCUUCGGGGGGCAGGAGAUCCGCGACGGAGAUGAGAGUCUGCCCUAUCUCACAGAGGACAAGUUCACAGAAUAUUAUUCACUGACGAAGAUGCAUUCCGAGAAGAAGGUUCUUGGCGCCAAUGGUUCCCAGACAGCAGAUGGCAGUGUGUUGCAUACAUGUGCUCUUAGACUGGCUGGUGUAUACGGACCCGGGGAGCAGAGACAUAUCCCCAGGAUUGUGUCGUACCUGGAGCAGGGUCUGGUGGCCGUCACGUAUGGUGCCAAGGACUCCCUGGUGGACUUCCUGCAUGUCGACAACCUGGUCCAGGCCCACACUCUGGCCGGCCGCGGGCUGUCCCGGGACAGGGGCCACAUCGCUGCCGGCCAAGCUUAUUUCAUCUGUGAUGACAAACCAAUCAACAACUUUGAGUUCUUCAGACCCCUGAUCGAAGGUCUGGGCUACCGGUACCCAACAGUAAACCUUCCACUCCUCCCGGUGUUUUACUUCGCUUUCAUAACAGAAAUUGUCCAUUCUGUCAUCGGCCGCAUCUACAACUUCCAGCCCUUGCUGACAAGGACAGAGGUGUACAAGACAGGUGUGACCCACACAUUCAGUAUCUCCAAGGCCCACAGCCAGCUGGGGUACUCCCCCACUCUGCAGAACGACCUGACGGGGGUGGUGCGCCACUACCAGAAGAUGGGGCGUGUCUACCACAAACCUCGGACGUCGGGGCUGCGAUACAGCAUCGAGAAUAUCUUCAUUGGUCUACUCAUCGCAUGUCUAAUUAUGUCUUUUUUACCAAUUGUUUUUAGUUAGCAAAACAUGUCAAUACUAGUUAGUAUAAUAAGCCAUGUAUACAAAGUCUUAAAUGUGUUGUGUAUUGGAUACGUGUCUCGGUCAUACAUCUUCCACAUCAUAUGAACAGAGUGGCAUAAAACAGUUUCACGUGCACAAACACUUCACCAAAAUAAAUGUAAUAUUGUUCUCAUUUCCAAUUUAAAUAUACAUAUAAUAACAGUUACAAAAGUGGACAAGUCUAUUGUAAAUGAUCUCAAAGAGACUGACUUUUCAUCUCUGAAAUGAAUGUUUUUGAGGGGUUUCAUUGAAAUGUCUUUUAAUAUACGGUACAAAGGAGCCAGCAGGAUAUCUAAACUUGCCAAGUAUUGUUGACUUGCUUUGAAGUUUCCGGAUACUUGAAUACAGUAAGCCUUAAGCUAUGAUGAAUGAGUCAGUGUGGUCUCUGGAUUGGUUUAAAAUGUUACUCAAGCUUGUGUUUUAUCAAGAUAGAAUAUUGAAAAGAAAGCUCGGUUGUCUUGUUACCUGGUUGGUAUCAGAAAUGUAGCUCUCUCUAAAGACACUGUAAGACAAAGUUUUUACUUUGAAAACACACACACACACACACACACACACACACAGAAUCUCUAGUAGUGUUGCUGUGUACUGAGUUGCUUCCCUUCAUACAAGGAUCUGCUGAAAUGCUGUGAUACGAUGAAGUAAUAAUCCAAACAUUGUUUUUUCAAAGUUACUUCUAAUUGCAGACAUAAUCAAGUCAAUAUAAGUGGCUAUAAGUAUGACAAUAUGUAGUGAAAUGAUUAUGAUAAUUAUUGAUGACAUUGUGUUUGUUUGUUUAUUUGACGCCGCUGUCAGCAAUAUUCUCGCUGUGUGAAGGCAGCAUGUAAGUCCGACAAGACUAACAAGUGGUUGACGGUAUGAGCAAUGUCCCAUUCCAUACGGGCACAAUGACAGAUAGCCACCGAGCCUGACCACCUAAUGAUGUCAAUCAGAGUAUAUGGUUGAGACAGACUGGAGUAGCUGGAAUAUUGUUGAGUGCGGCGUUAAACAACCAACUAACUUAUGUGUUGAGUGAUCAUAAAAAUGCCCAUUUUGGUGCAUUUUGUACAUAAAUGCAAUGUCCAUCAUUUGUUGUGAAUCCAACGAAGACAAUCUAUCCUUAAUGGCAGCAUAUCGCAACGUGAUCAAUGUCUAUCAUUGUGGAAUAAUACAUUUUACAAUAA